UUCCGAGGAGGAGAAUGGAGUCUUCCUUUGACCCCGUUCUGAGUGAUACCAUGGAAGAUAGAAAAACAGUGGAUUCAGAAUGUAAAACAACACAUGUUCCUUCCAAUGAUUUUCACCUCCUGAGUGAAGAAAAAUUUGAUUUUGACCUUUCACUGUCUCCCACAAGUGAAAAUGAAGAUGAAGUUUUUGUUGGACCAAUGAACCAUAAAGAAAAGUGUAUUGCUGUGCGACUUGAAUCCCAGGAAGAGAGUCAAAAUAAAACUCAGUCACAUGACCUACCUUGGAGCCCUCCUGCUGGAGAUAAAUUUGUGGAAAUAUUUAAAGAAGCUCGCUUGCUAGCUUUCCAGCUUAAAAGUGGAAACAAACCAGACAAAAAUAAUACUAUUCAUCCGAGGGAGGGAAAGACAGAGGUGGUUGAAAAGUUUGUGAAAGAAUCAAAGUCAAAACUGAAAAUCUUUGAAAAAGGAAUAGUGGCAGAUAAAACACCAACAACCCCUAGAAGAGAGACAUACUGUCUAUGGGAAAGCCCAAUCAGUCAACUUCAGAAGCGUUUAAGGCAACCUGUCACAAUAAUGGACCGCCCACGUUCUCUGAACACACCAAGUCCUGCUAAAACAGAUAAGUUACCUAAAAUGCACUCUGUAUCCUCACCCCAAGCAAAGAAUAACACAAGCCUUCAAAAUAGAAGCAAAUUUCAGACUGCAAAAACAUCACCUGCACCUAGAAAUAAGAACUUAAUAGCAGGGGAGCCCAAACAAGGAAAAUUGCCUAGUUCUUCCAGCAGGAUUUAUUCAAACAGUAUGGGAUCAUCUGAAGAUUUGCUCUCUGACAAAUCAAGCGUCACUUCGGAUGCAGGAGAAUUGUCAUUUUGUACCAGUUCAUCCAUGCAAAGCAAGAGAACUCUUCCUACUCCCAGCAAGUUGGAAAUGAAGACGAGACAACUGAAACCUCCUAAUGUUCGUAUGCGAAGAAAUACUUCAUCUUCCUCCUCCUCCUCUAUUUCCAGCAUGAAUUCAAGUUUGAAUUCAAGCCUGCCAAUUUCUCCUAAAAGUGGAAGUGUCAAAACAAGUAUUACAAAAGCUCCUGCAGACAUCUCUGGGCGCUCUUCUGUAACAAGCAAGAUUUCCAUAGUUAAACCUAUGAAAGGAUUGUCAGUGAAUGCUGCCCACGCUGAUGCAUCUGGAAAACAACCCACACCCAAAUGUGCUAAAGAAAAUCCUGUGAAUACACCCAAAUUUAAAGCUCCCCUGACAUCUGAGAGUGCAAGCAAUAAUCUGCAGAAAGGUUCAGAUUCUUGUCUUCAAAAAGUAUUAUCAAAAAACACAUUAGGAAACACAAGUUCAAGUCUUAAACUUAACUCUAAAACAGCAGCUCCAAACUUAAAGCUAGAAAAUGAAGUCCCCAGAGUAUUGCAAUCAAAUACUGUAUUAUCCAAUAGCAAUAUUGAAAGCAAUGUUGCAUUUUCCACACCUGUCAAACAAUUACAAAGAACGGUAUUAAAAUCCUGCUCUGCUGUGAAGCCUUUUUUACGGACUCCUGACAGAAGGCAUUCCAUAUUGCCUAUCUCUGUUGGUCGAAGUAUCUCGGGAAUUCCAACACUGACCCCCCAAAAAGUGCCCAGAAAAAUGACACCUCCUAAUUGUUUAGCUCUUCGACACAUCUCUAGUGCGUCUUCUAAAAAGACUACAGAAAUUAGUUCUAAAUGUGUGACUAACAACAAGACAUGCAUGUCUUCAAGCCCAUCUUCAACAGAAGGAGACUUAUCUCCACCAAAAAUUAUACCUAUCGCACUUACUUUUUCACCAGAUAAACCUUUUAUCAAAAUAGAACAAGACAUUACUAAAAAAGGGGAAAUAGCAGAAGUAAUACUAGCUAAAGAGCUAAUAGAUCUGAGCUCUCCUUUGAUGAAACUAAGUCCUGAAGGAAAUAAAGAAAAUUCACCUCUUCUGAAAUUCUGA